AUGCUAGGGAAGAAAGCCCCGGGGGCAUCUAGCACCCCACUAAAAAAGGGCCAAACUCCUAAAGACGCUCUACCUGAACGGAAAAAGCCAGACGUCCCAAAAACUGCAUCCCCUGCGCGGAAAGCGACCGCCGGGUCCAAACCCAACGGGAUUCCUACAAAAUCGUCCAAGUCUCCGGGGUUGAAGAGUCUAUCUCCAGCACCUACUUCAGAGUCAUCCGACAAGGCUAAACAAACCAAUCGUCUUCAAAAGCCACCAAAGCCGGCCGAAAAGGUUUCAAUGCCAAAGGAGACCGAAGCAGAGGAUAUCGAAAAAAUUGAUGACGCGGAUAUACCAAGCGAGUCAAUCGAAAAAAAUGACGGUCCGCUAGAGCUGGUCGAUAAUGCACCAGGCUCAAUCGAAGAGGAAGAUGAAGUGAAUGAGGAGCAGAGAGAAGAUGCUGUAAAGGAACCUCCGCAGGCUUCUAGAUCGGCAGGAAGAUCAUACCUCCAACGCGGUAAAGACGCUGCAUCGGGUCUUGCGAAUUUUGCGAGUAAGGCCAACAAGCUCCAUUCUCAGUUGCCUGACCCCGUUAAGAAAGAAGCAGCAAAUGGCAUGCAGACGGGGGUGCAGAGCAUCACGACCACGCUCCAGCCAGCUGCUGAUGGAGCGGGAGGUAAAGUGGAAGAGAUAACGGAGAAAGCUCCAGCCCUUCCAGUCGAUCUGUCUUCUCUGUCUGGCCUGGAAGUUGGAGAAGAUGGUAUGAUCCUCGAUGGUGAUGGCAAUCAAAUCGGGCGACUGGCUGAGGGAGAGGCUGAAGCUCUGGCCGGUCAAACUGUCGGCGAGGAUGGAAACAUUUUGGACGAAGACGGCGAUUUGAUUGGGCGUGUGGAGCUUGUCAACGAAGAUCUGGCCGAGAAAACCGAAGCCCUUCCUGACCAAGAUUCCUUGGGCUUGAAAGGGCUCGCAAACUUGCCUCUUGCGGAAGACGGCUCGGUCAAAGAUUCGUCUGGUCGAGUACUGGGAAAGCUCGUCGAAGGCAAUCCUGAGGAGUUAGUCGGUUGGACAGUGGAUGAAAAUGGCGAGAUUCUCGAUGAUGAUGGUGAUUUAGUCGGCCGCGUUGAGCUGCUAUCUUCUGGGGAUGCCGGUGAACAACUUGACCAAGUUGAGGAUUUGGUAGGCGAGUCACUGCCAAACCUUUCCAUCCUCAAGGACAAAACCAUCAAUGAAGAAGGCAAGAUACUGGAUGAAGACGGUGGCGUCCUUGGUCAGAUCAAAGAAGACCUAGACCCCGAAGCUCUGGCCGGUAAAGUGCCUAAUGAACAAGGACAGAUCCUGGAUGAUGAUGGAGAGAUCAUAGGAGAGGUUGAGGUGGUACCUGGGGAGGUUGCCGAUAAGGCAAUGGCAAUACAGCAAGAAGCAGCACAAAUGGUCGAAAAUGAUAUAUCGAUUCUCGAUGGCCUUCAAGUCAACGAAGAAGGACAGAUCACUGAUUCGAGUGGCACUGUACUCGGUGAACUCGAAGAUGGUGAUCUAUCGGAAAAUCUCGGUAUGACCGUGAACGAAAAGGGCCUGGUCCUAGACGACGAUGGCAACAUCCUAGGCAAAGCUCGACUGGUUUCUAAAGAGGCUAUUGAAGAACCUGAGAAAACCGCAGAAGGUAAUGUGCCGGAACUACCACCUCUGUCUACGCUUGAAGGCCUCAAGUGCAACAAGCUUGGCAAAAUUAUCAAUGAGGACGGGAUCCCUGUUGGUGAACUUGUCGAGGGUGACCCCAAAAAGCUCUCUCGGGAAGGCAUCGAGCUUGAUGAUCAAGGUCAAUUCUGGGACAACAGAGGGAAUAUCAUCGGCAAAGCUCAGGCUCUUCCUGCGGAAGACGAGGAAGAGCAAGGCCCAUUUGCGGACUUUGAUGAGCCGUUUGUCGCUGAGGAAGGCUGGGUCCACGACGCCAAUGGGAACACAGUUGGUCAAGUUGUCGAAGGUGAAAUCGGAAAGCUUCUUGGAAGAGCGGUUGAUGAUGACGGUGAUAUUCUUGACAAACGCGGUAAUCUUCUGGGAAGAGCAGAGCCCUGGGAAGAGCCUGAGCCCGAACCAGAGGAAGACGUAGAUCUUUCAGAAUUGGAGGGCCUGACCCCUAACAAGAUUGGAAACGUUAUAGGUCCAGAUGGAGUCCCUGUUGCUCAAAUAAGCGAAGGUGAUCCAAAAGUACUAGCCGGCAGAAAAAUCGACGCUGAAGGCCAGAUCUGGGGUGAUGGUGGCGAAGUCAUUGGACGGGUUACUUUGAUUCCCGAAGAUGAACGCGAAGCCAUCACGCCUUUUGGGGGCACGGGAGAUCUGGUGGCUCGAAAAACCGGGUUUGUUGAGGACGAAUUCGGUGAGAUUGUUGGUAAGAUCAUCGAAGGCGAUCCUCAGAAACUGCAGGGCCUCCUUGUGGACGACGAUGGUGACAUUAUCGAUAAGCGAGGCAAUGUCAUCGGACGGGCUGAGCCAUAUACUCCACCGGAGGAAGAGGAGGAAGAAGAAGAUCUAUCCAGUCUUGAAGGUAUGAAGGUCAACAAGCUAGGAAAUGUCGUUGAUGAACAUGGAUCCGUGUGGGGACGCCUCAUCUCUGGCAAUCCUAAAAAGCUGGCAGGCAAGCAAGUCGACGCUGAAGGCCAAGUCUGGAGUGACGAUGGGAAAGUGCUCGGUUCUGUCGAAUUGAUUCCUGAAUCAGAGAGAGAGCAGGCAGAGGGCAUUUUCUAUGGGCUCGAGGGCCUAGUGGUCACCAAAGACGGCACCGUCACAGACUCCACUGGUCAAAUCGUCGGAAGGCUUGUUGAAGGAGAUGCGCUUCGAUUGAAAGGUCGAGCCGUCGACGAAGAUGGAGAAGUGAUCGACAAACUCGGAAAUGUCAUCGGUCGUUCAGAGCCUUGGAUUCCAGAGGAAAAGCCGCGCGAUAUCAAUCCGAUGAGUGGCCGGAAAGUUAACCGAGAGGGAGAAGUGCGCGACGAAGAUGGCAAUCUUAUCGGUCAACUUACGGAGGGCAAUCUGAAAUCUCUGGCUGGCAAGGCCAUUGAUGACAAUGGCUACAUCGUGGAUAACGAUGGCAACAAGAUCGGCGAAUGCACCUUGCUGGAGCACCUGCCUGAGCCCGAGCCCGAGCCCGAGCCCGAGCAAGAAGAGCCCGAGUUGUCUCCCGAGGAACUUGAACAGAAGGAAAAGGAGGAACAUGAUCGAGACUUGGCAAAGAAGAUGUCGUCAAUUGUGCAGCAGACACUGGAUUCCGUUGAGCCUCUUUGCAAGCAGAUCACCGAGCAUAUUGAACGGGCAGAUCGCACACCCCGAGACGAGCUUGACGAAGAACAGUUAGUGAAGACAGUGAAGCCUAUCAUUGAAGAAGCUGGAAACAUGUUGCAAGAAUGCAAAGGAUCCUUACGAGCUCUGGACCCCGAUGGUCAAAUUGCAGCGUCCGCCAAAGCCCGAAGUGUAGCGCGCGAAGCAACAUCGGAAGAAUACCAGUUGGCUGAUCUUCUGAAACAACUUUCGCAGACGAUCUCUACCACAAUUGAGAAUGGCCGUCGGCGAAUCGCUGACAUGCCUCAUGCGAAGAAGAAGAUCAAUCCACUUUGGUCUUUGCUAUCUGAGCCUUUGUUCCAGAUCAUUGCGGCCGUUGGCUUGCUUCUAAGCGGAGUUCUAGGACUUCUUGGUAACCUCCUUGAUGGUCUUGGUCUCGGAGGUCUGGUUCGGGGGCUUCUUGGUGGCCUAGGAAUUGAUAACCUUCUCGGUAGUCUUGGUCUGGGCAAGUCUGGUUGA